AGUGCCACAAACCGCCCUGGAGACAAGUCCUAAUCAUCUGGGGGGGUGAUUAUGUUCAGUUCUUCCUCCCCAAACCCCCCAGACAUAAUUCAGAUCCAAACUGGAGAGACAGGCAGGCACGCAAGAGGGGACCCCGGCACCACACAGCCCCCCCGAAGCCAUGUACAGGAGCAGCUUCCUCCGCGAGGUGCGGAAGGAGAAGUAUGAGCGGUCGGAUGCCUACGAUGAGCUGCGAGGCUCCCCUGAAUUCGACAGUUUGGCCCAAGCCCGGGGCCUGGAGAAUCUGCAGGAGCUCAACGAGCGCUUUGCCAGCUACAUCAACCGGGCGCGCGUGCUGGAGCAGCGCAAUACCAUCCUGCGCAAGCAGCUAGAGACCUUCCAGCGCAUGGAUGAGCUGGUGGGCUUGGAUGAAGCCUUCGCUGGGCAGAUUGAGUUCAACCGCCAGCGAAUGCGGGAGCUGGCGUCCGACCGAGCCAAGCUGGAGCGGGAGGAGAAGGACGCCCAGCGCAUGCUCGAUGAGUACCGCAACAAGUACAGAAAUGAACGUGAAUAUCAGCAGAGGCUAAAAGAAACCCUUGAACGCCUUAAUAAGGAAGCUGAUGAAGCACUGCUGUGCAACCUGGAGCUGCAGAUCGAGUCCCAGUUCCUGCAGGAUGACAUUAAUGCCACAAAGGACAGAUACAAGAAGAACCUCAUGGAAAUCCAGACCUACGUCAAUGUUUUGCAGCAGAUCAUCCAGACAACCCCUCGUGUGUCCCCUAUAACCACUGGCAUAUGUGAGGAAAAACUGAUAGCAGAGAGGAGGAUCCCUGUUCUGCAGAGCCAGCUGGAGGAAUACAAGAGCAUCCUCUGCCAGCUACAGGCACAGAAAUACAAACUGCAGACAGAGACAACCAUGCUGGAGCAAGCGAUUAAAAACACCCAGGAGAGUUACGACGAUGAAAUUCAGCUUUACAACGAGCAGAUUGAAAACCUUAGGAAGGGCAUAGAGGAGGCUGAGAGGACCUUGGAGAAGUACACAACUGACUGCCGCCAGCUCGUGAUCUACCAGCAGUCCCUGGAGAACGAGCUGGAGCGGUACAAACGUAUCAUCGAGAACGAGGACAGCCGGUUAAACUCUGCUAUAGCAGGAACGCCAGUCACGCUCUUCACGCAGAUCUAUAGACCUGUCCAGCCUCAAGCUUUGAGGGGAAGAGAUAUCACCCAGGCCGUGCAAGAUAUUGCCAGUGUAAAGCCCAGACAAAAAGCUCUGACAAAGAAAAUUGCCAGGAAAAAGGAGCUGAUGUCUAAAGAUAUAACUGACGGUCUCUCGCCUGAAAAAAUGUAUGAAAGAACUCUGGAAGGUUUUGACCAAGAUCAGCUGGAGUUUAGGCAUGAAGGCUCAGUCACAUGUGAACCUGGGCAGGAAGGAUUAGAACUUGAUGAGAAAGAAACGGGCCCAGAGGAUGUACCUGAUGGAGCCCAGAUAAGUAAAGCCUUUGAUAAAUUUUGUAACAUUGUGAGGGAGAAAAUAAGAGUCUACAAGAGACCAGAGCCCAAACCUGAUGCCCAUCCCAAAGGGCGUUACGUGCUGGUAACAGGGGAGGAAGGCUAUGGAGAACCUUGUAUCUUGGCCCCCUCCUUCCCACCUGGGGGAGGAAUCACAGUUUCCACCAGCAAUGGGAAGGUGAUGAACGGUGGUGAUGUAGAGCCCAUACCGGAGCUGCCAGAACCUGCCGAACCAUCAGAAAAAGAGAAAGGGGCUAUCUGUGAAAGGAGGGAAGAGUUUGAACUCCAGGAUAAACAGAAGGAGGAAGAGAAAGAAGACGUGCUUGAAUGGGGCAAAAAAACAAGAGGAAAAAUAGAGCAAAUCAUAAAGUAUCCGGACAUCUCUGAGCCUGAGAGAGUUCCUUCCCCUGGUCUGAUAAGCCCAACUGAGCCAGGAGUCCUUCGAGAGACAGAAUAUGAGCGAGAAGAUAAGCAGGGCCUUUUGUUCAGGGAAGCAGGCUUGCCUGGCUCCAUGAGCUACGAGAAGGUGGAGGUGGUGGAGUCCAUCGAGAAGUUUUCAGAUGACAGAAUUCAGACGUACGAAGAGACAGCAAUGAUUGUGGAGACGAUGAUAGAGAAGACAAGCAAGAAGAAACCAGGUGACAAAGGCUCUUAAGUGACACACAUACACCCUUGAUAGUCAACUUGUCUGGCAUAGUUAUUAAAUGACUGGGUUUUUUUUCCUGACCGAAUGCUACAGUAGUGAGAUUUUUGCUGUUUGGUAUGGAACAGAUUGAUACCUUGAUGGCAGUUCUGUCUGAUGUAGGCUCACCUUUGGUGCAAUGGCCAAAGCACUCCAGGGCAACAAGUAAUAGGCACAUCCUAUGCAACUGAUUUUCAUGAUUAGGACAAGUUGAAAGUAAUUAUUAUUACAGAGCUGCCUGGCUUUCCACAGCAUUCGGGACAAAUUUGUGUAUUCAUCUACUGCUCCUAUAGCUGCCGUACGAUUCCCCAUCUCUCAGACAGCUGCAAAUGUUAACUUGUGACGUCUGGUUCAUUUAAUAAAAGUUUUGCCUUCUACAGAAGAUACCCGCUGUGGGUUUGUGUUUGACUGAUGGUCCCUACUAGUAAAUGUCAACUGACUGGGUGUGCACGAGUUUUUCCAGGGGAAGGGCUGGAUACCUGUUAAAUAACCUAUUCCAAAUCUCUCUCAUUUACAGUCUUUAAAUAGAGAUGAGCUUGGCAGACCUUUCUUUCUGGAUCUAAAGACAAACUCUCUGUAUUUGAAAUAAGCUCUUACUGCUUAUCUUUUCGGAAUGAAACUUGAAAUUCCACCGAAGUGGGGGAUAACCCUUAUAAGAUACUGAAGGCAUUGUCCUUCAC